AGCAAGGUAACACUUUUUGACCGUAGAAAGCAAGAGAGAGUGUGGAGAAAAGGUUGUACCUUUGACAGGCAUUUCUUUCUCUCAACCUUUUAUUUCAUUGCUUCUUUCUCCCUUUCUAUAUUUCCACACGCUUCUUAUCCUUGCUGAUUGGGGUCCCUUCUUCAUUCUUCAACCCAAAAUUUUGUUCUUGGAAGCUUUAUUUGAGCUUCAACUUGUCCCAAUUGUACUCACUUGGUUUAUACAACAAAAGGGUAUGCAAUGAUGCUUGAUGAGGAUAUGAAGCUUGAUGCUGUUCUUGGUCUAGAAACCACCGUGAAAGGUGGUGUUUUGGGUGGCAGCGCCAUUGGCAAAUUAGAUCUGAAGGUGAUGAUUGAGGAGCUGGAAUCAAUUGAUGUGCCCUCAGUGUUUAUCUGUCCAAUCUCACUGGAACCAAUGCAAGACCCUGUGACCCUUUGCACUGGUCAAACCUAUGACAGAUCCAACAUCCUCAAAUGGUUCUCAAUUGGUCACAACACUUGUCCCACAACAAUGCAAGAACUUUGGGAUGAUUCUGUCACGCCCAACAUGACUCUCAGCCACUUAAUCCUCACUUGGUUCUCUCACAAGUACUUGGCCAUGAAGAAGAAGCUCGAGGAUGUGCAAGGAAGAGUCUUGGACCUCUUGGACACGCUCAAGAAGGUAAAGGGUCAAGCUAGAGUUCGAGCUCUUAAGGAUCUUAGGCAACUUGUUGUUACUCAUGGGUCUGCAAGGAAGACAGUUGAAGAAAAUGGUGGACUUGCUUUGGUUUCUUCUUUAUUGGGUCCUUUCACUUCCCACGCUGUUGGGUCUGAAGCAAUUGGGAUCCUUGUGAAUUUGGAUUUAAGUUCAGAGUUGAAGAGGAAUCUGAUUCAUCCGGCUAAGGUAUCACUAUUGGUUGAUAUUAUGAAUGAGGGAACAAUUGAGACAAAGAUGAACUGUGCCAAAUUGAUUGAAAUGUUGUUGAUGGAAGGGAAUGGCACUGAGAUUGAGAUUUUCUCAAGCUUGAGUCUUUUAUUUGGUUUGUUAAGGUUAGUGAGGGAUAAGAAACACCCAACUGGGGUUUUAACUGGUCUCAUAUUACUUAAGGCUAUAUGUUCCUAUGAAUCAGUUAGAAGCUCAGUGAUAAGCAUAGGAGCAGUUCCUCAAUUGAUUGAGCUAUUGCCCAGUUUGAAUAAUGAGUGCUUAGAGAUAGCACUCUAUAUUCUAGAGGUAUUAUCAACCCUUCCUGAAGGAAAAAUGGCUUUGAAAGAAUGUCCAAACAUCAUUCCCAAUGUGGUCAAGCUGCUAAUGAGAGUCUCAGAGAACUGCACCCAAUUUGCUUUGUCAAUAUUGUGGGCUAUCUACAAGCUUGCCCCUGAAGAAUGUGCAUCACAGGCAGUGGAAGCUGGGUUGGCAGCAAAGCUACUGCUAGUAAUUCAGAGUGGCUGCAACCCUGUUUUGAAGCAGAGGUCUUCUGAGUUUUUAAAGAUGUGUAGUCUGAAUUACUCUACUAGUAUCUUGAUUUCCAAGUGUAUGCUCACUACCACAAUACAAUGA